GGCAUCACUGGGGCGCUCAGGGUAAUUACAGGUGGAGAGAGGCUGGGGAGCAAUCUGCCAGCAAGAGGCGACAGAAGCAAGUGUCAGCCCGGGCUCAGGUUCACAUUUUUUUUCUGGAUUGAGGUUGUUUUUGUGUGUGUCUGUUUGUGUUUUCCCCGCUCGAUGAUCUACAAUGCAGACCUCGGCUUGGCUCGUCGGUCGUUGCGCUCUCAUCCUCUGCACGCUCCAGCUGAUUGACGGGGCCAAAGGACAGCGGCAGUGUAGUGAGACGGAUUACUACUAUGAGUACACAGAGUGUGACAGCACAGGAUCUCGGUGGAGAGUGGCCAUCCCACAGAACCCUGGGGCCUGUACUGGACUACCAGAGCCAGUGCGAGGCACAGAUGCAGUGACCUUCUCAUGUGAGGCUGGGGAGUUCCUGGAGAUGUCAGCUCAGGAGUGUACCCAGUGUGCAGCAGGAAGCUACUCCCUUGGCAGCGGUAUCCGCUUUGACCAAUGGGAUUCCAUGCCUGUUGGAUUUAGUAGCCUAGCAACCUCCCUGGAGAACAGCCCACAGGGUGAUAACAGACUCACCUGCAACAGCUCUACCUGGGUUCCUCAGGGAAACUAUCUGGAGUCCAACAGGGAUGAAUGCACAGUCUCUCUCAUCUAUGCUGUGCAUCUGAAGAAACAAGGCUCUGUUAGUUUUGAGUACCAGUAUCCUGAUAGCAACCUGCUAUUUGAGUUCUUUAUCCAGAAUGAUCAGUGUCAAGAGAUGGCUCAGUCUGAUGACAAGAAGUGGCUCAAGCUCACCAAGCAUGGCGAAUGGGCAACUCAUACGGUGAGCCUGAAAUCUGGCACCAACAUCCUUUACUGGAGGACAGGAGGUGUUACGAUGGGGAAGAAAGUGGUGAAUCCUGCAUUGCUGAAAAACGUUCAGAUUGAAGGUGUUGCCUACACGUCAGAGUGUUUUCCAUGUAAGCCAGGAUCGUUCAGUCGCAUUCCAGGCUCCACCUCAUGUGAAUCCUGUCCUCGGGACACCUACUCUGGCCAUGGUGCCAGUUCCUGCACCCCAUGUAGCACCGGCACUCAGUAUGCAGCUGAGGGAUCUGCUACAUGUAAGGACAGACCUCCCUGUUCCAAGAAAGACUAUUUCCAGAUCCACACAGCAUGUGACCAUGAAGGCAAGACACAGGUCAUAUAUAAGUGGAUUGAACCUAAGAUCUGUCUUGAGAAUGUGACUGGAGCUGUGACAUUGCCUCCAAGUGGAAAACGAGAGCCCUGCCCCCCCUGUAAUCCCGGUUUCUAUAACAAUGACACGGCCACCUGUUCACCAUGCCCACCCGGGACCUAUUCUGAUGGCAUGAAACCAUGCCAGCAUUGCCCUGCAGGCUCUGAGCCCACCUUGGAUUAUGAGUACAAAUGGUGGAAUGUUCUUCCUUCUAACAUGAAGACCUCCUGUUUUAAUGUCGGCAACUCCAAGUGUGAUAGUAUGAAUGGUUGGGAGGUUGCAGGUGAUCACAUCCAGACUGGAGCAGGGAGCUCAGAUAAUGAUUACCUCAUCCUUAAUCUCCAUGUCCCUGGAUUCAAACUUCCUACUUCAGUGUCAAGCCAUUCAGAGACAGAAUUUGGUCGUAUCACAUUUGAAUUUGAAACUUCGUGUACAGCCGACUGUGAGCUCUACUUCAUGAUGGAUGUAAACAGGAAGAGUACUAAAAUAGUGGAGUCUUGGGAGAAAAAUGAAAUGAGACAAACCUACACACACAUCAUGACAAAGAAUGCUUCAGUUUCCUACACGUGGGCUUUCCAGAGGACUAACCAAGCUUCAGAUGUACGUCAGUAUAUCAGCGACGUGGCGCGAAUCUACUCCAUCUCUGUGAGUAACGCGGUGGAUGGAGUGUCCUCUGGGUGUCGCGUUUGUGCCCUCAGUGUGCAACCGUCCAGCUCUGCAUGUGUGCCGUGCCCACCUGGACAUUACAUAGACACAAGUACCAGCCAGUGCACAGAGUGUCCACCUAACACAUACCUGAUGCCUCACGCUGCACCAGGCCCUGAUGCCUGCAAACCCUGUGGACCUGCCAGCAAAAGUGACAAGGAGCACAGUUUAUGCUAUAGUGACUGUCACUUCACCUACACAGAGGGCAAUGUCACUCUGACUUUUGACUUCAGCCCAAUUGGGACUGUGGGGUCACUGAUGAACGGUCCAAGCUUUACCUCUAAAGGAACCAAGUACUUUCAUCACUUCAACAUCAGUCUCUGUGGGGGAAAGGGUCAGUUGGCAGUAUGCACAGACAACGUAACAGACCUAUCCAUCACCGACUCCCAGAAAGAAAAAGAAGUGCCCACUACUGUCAAGACCUUCAUCUGUCAAUCGACAAUAAUCCCAGCUAGUGGGCGAGGAUUCCACACAGCUCUCUCCUCGCAGUCCAUUAACCUGGCUGACACAUUCGUUGGGGCAACUGUGGAUGAUAACCUUGAUGGAAUAAGGGCAAGACCAGACCUGUAUCCCCAGACCUCCAAGAAGGUCCCUGAUGUCAACUUUUACUACAGGUCCUUGGAGCCAACUUCAUCUUGCGACUCAGGUCGGAGCGCGGUGGUGACACUCCGCUGUAACCCAGACAAGAGCACUAAAGGGGAGCUCUCAGUUCCCAGCCAGUGCCCUGCAGGAACGUGCAAUGGCUGCACGUUUCAUUUCUUAUGGGAGAGCUCAGGGGCUUGUCCUACAUGCACAGAGAGGGACUACCAUAAGAUAGAGGGAGUCUGCAAGGGAGGAGAGCAGGAGCUGCUGUAUGUGUGGACUGAACCAAAGCUGUGCAUGGGAGGUGUUCCCUUGCCUGCAAAGAAAACAUUGGCAUGUGAGGGCAUGGAGUUCUGGGUCCAGCUUGGUGCAGGACUGGGAGCUUUCACUGCAGUGCUGCUCGUUUCCCUUACCUGCUACUUCUGGAAGAAGAACAAACGGUUGGAGUAUAAGUACUCCCGGCUGGUGAUGUCUGCUAAUAAGGAAUGUGAAAUGCCAGUGGCUGACAGCUGUGCUGUGAUGGAGGGAGAGAACGAGGCAGACAUGGAGGAUGAAGUUGUGUACACAAAACCUUCUCUACUUGGAAAACUCAAAGCCAUAGCAUCCAAGGGAAAUGGAGAGAACUAUGAAAAUGUGCAGCUAAACUCGGCUCAUUCAAAAGCAUUAGUGUGGAGCUAGACUGAUAGUAACCUGUAUGGAGUGACGGAAGAAAUCAGACCCUCAAGAGACUUGUACCACUUUGUGACCCUUAACUAACCACCCCCCUUUAUGAGCUUUGAUACCUGGAAUACCAGUUAUAUAUGUGCGUGUAUAUACACACACACACAUAUAGACACAUCAGAACCAUGUUCAGAUGAGUCACACUAACAUGGUGGCCUUAAAGCUUGGUACGACGGAGCCGUCCGAUUCAAAGACUGUCAGGUGUGUGACAGACACUUCCUGAUGAUUUUCUGAUUCAAAUGUAUUUCAGGAAAAAGUUGAUAGAAGAGCUCAGGGUAAAAUAAAGACCUAUUUAAGAUGUCCUGUUUUGCUUUUUAUUUUUCUUCAGUUUGUGUAUCGGCUAAUGACAGCUAUGGUAUAGUUUAUCAUAAGGAAAACAAUGGUUUGCUUUUCCAUCUCCCAUAGAUGUUUACACUUAUUGUUUUUUUUCUUGCCAUAUACAGUUUAUAGCUUGUCAUCUUUUUUAAUUUUUUUUUUUUAAAUUUUAC